AUGAGUACUGCAGGCACUGCGAUGAACUCUAGUACUCCCAUGUAUAUCGGUUGGAAUCCACCAGAUACAACUUCUGAAUACUAUGUGUACAUGCACUUUGCUGAAAUCCAGAAGUUGAAAGCCAACGAGUCCAGAUCCUUCAAUAUCACCCUGAAUGACAAACUUUUUUAUGGACCUCUAGUGCCAAGUUACUUGAGUACAAUUACUAUUUACAGCCCAGCAGCGUUAACAGGAGGAAAUUUUACAUUCUUACUCUUCAAAACUGAGAAUUCAACACUGCCACCGAUCCUCAAUGCCAUGGAGUACUUCAGAGUCAUAGAUUUCUUGCUUUUAUAUAUGUUCAUUUUUAGAGGCAUCACCAUGCUUUUAACUGACUGCUUUAACUUAGCUAGCUGUCAACAUGAUUCACUCAUAAGUUGCUUGAAACUUGCUAUUAGGGACUUGUCCUCGAGCGGCUUGACAGGAGAGAUAACUUCAUAUAUAUCCAAUCUUGACAUGUUACAAUCUUUGGAUUUAUCUAACAAUAGCUUAACUGGAUCAGUACCUGAGUUUCUGACUAAAUUGCCAAACCUGAAAGUCCUUAACUUGGAAAAGAACAAGCUGAAUGGUUCACUUCCAAGUAUGCUUAUCGAAAAAUCGACAAGUGGUUCACUAUCGUUAAGGGUCGGAGAAAAUGAAAACUUAUGUGCAGCAAUUUCAUGCAAAAAGAAGAAAAACAAUGUAUUCAUUCCAAUAAUAGCAGCAGUUGGUGGAUUUGCUAUUCUGUUUGUAGCAUCAGUUGUUAUAUUUUUUAGUAUGAGAAGAAAAAGAAAACAAGUUGGAACAGCAGUGGCAGAUUCCAACAUUCAAAUGGAUUCAUUAGAAAAUUUCGAGUCCAAGAAGAGACAAUUUACAUACUCAGAGGUGCUGACAAUUACUAACAACUUUCAGACAAUUCUUGGGAAAGGUGGAUUUGGACUGGUUUACCAUGGCUAUGUAGAUGAUACUCAAGUAGCUGUGAAAGUACUUUCUCCAUCAUCAGUUCAAGGAUACCAACAAUUUCAAGCAGACGUCAAACUUCUUAUGAGAGUUCAUCAUAGAAACUUGACUGGCCUUGUUGGAUAUUGCAAUGAAGGAACGAACAUGGCUCUCCUCUACGAAUACAUGGCCAAUGGAAAUCUGGAAUCGCAUCUCUUGGGUGAAGAUAGCAAUGUAACUCUCUUGACUUGGGAAAGUCGACUUAGAAUAGCGGCUGAUGCAGCACAAGGACUGGAGUAUCUUCACAAUGGUUGUAAGCCACCUAUUAUCCACAGAGAUGUGAAGACACCAAAUAUUUUGUUAGCCGAAAAUUUCCAAGCAAAGUUGGCUGAUUUUGGCCUAUCCAGAAUGUUCUCAACUGACGAAGGCACUCAUAUGUCAACAGCUGUUGCUGGCACCCCUGGAUACCUUGACCCUGAGUACCACAUAACAGGCUGGUUGAAUGAGAAGAGUGAUGUAUAUAGCUUUGGAGUUGUUCUCUUGCAGAUAAUAACUAGCCGACCUGUGAUAUCAAGAACAGCCCAAGUGAAUAGUCAUGUAAGUCAAUGGGUUAGCUCCAUGCUUUCUAAUGGGGAUAUCAAAAGUAUUGUUGAUCCUAAGUUACGAGGAGACUUUGAAAUCAACUCUGCGUGGAAGGCUGUUGAGUUGGCAAGGGAUUGUAUGUCUGAAAUGUCAACCGGAAGGCCAAACAUGAGUGAGGUGGUGACAAGACUCAAAGAGGUUUAG